AUGGUGCCCAGCUGUCCCCGCGCGCUCCUGCUGCUGCUGCUGGGGCUCCUCGCCCUCCCCGCGUCGCGGGCUUCCCAGAACUGUCUCAACAAACAGCAGCUCCUCACGGCCAUCCGCCAGCUGCAGCAGGUGCUGAAGGGCCAGGAGGCCCGCUUCGCCGAGGGCAUCCGCAACAUGAAGAGCCGGCUGGCGGCGCUGCACAACUCCGUGAACAGAGUGGGCCCAGACGCCCCCCCAGUGUCCUGCCCUGCUCUGAAUGCCCCCCCGGAUGGCAGAAAGUUUGGAAGCAAGUACUUAGUGGAUCACGAAGUCCAUUUUACCUGCAACCCUGGGUUCCGGCUGGUUGGGCCCACCAGCGUGGUGUGUCUUCCCAAUGGCACCUGGACGGGGGAGCAGCCCCACUGUAGAGACAUCAGCGAAUGCUCCAGCCAGCCUUGUCAGAAUGGGGGGACCUGUGUAGAAGGCGUCACCCAGUACAAGUGCAUCUGUCCUCCGGGGAGGACCGGCAGCCGCUGUCAGCACCAGGCCCAGACAGCGGCCCCCGACGGCAGCGUGGCCGGCGACCCCGCCUUCAGCCGCGCGCCGCGCUGUGCGCAGGUGGAGCGCACGCAGCACUGCAGCUGCGAGGCGGGAUUCCACCUGAGCGGCGUCGCCACGGGCGACAGCGUCUGCCAGGAUGUGAACGAAUGCGAGCUCUACGGGCAGGAGGGACGCCCCCGGCUCUGCAUGCACACCUGUGUCAACACCCCAGGUUCCUACCGCUGUGCCUGCCCCAGCGGGUACCGGACAUUGGCUGAUGGGAAGAGCUGUGAGGAUGUCGAUGAGUGUGUGAGCCCGCAACUCGUGUGUCCCCAGGGGACCAUGUGCAUCAACACCGGGGGAGGCUUCCAGUGCGUCAGCCCGGAGUGCCCCGAGGGCAGCGGCAACGUGAGCUACGUGAAGACCUCUCCGUUCCAGUGUGAGCGAAACCCCUGCCCCAUGGACAGCCGACCCUGCCGCCACUUGCCCAAGACCAUCUCCUUCCAUUACCUUUCCCUGCCUUCCAACCUGAAGACGCCCAUCACACUCUUCCGCAUGGCCACAGCCUCAGCCCCAGGCCGACCUGGACCCAACAGCCUGCGCUUUGGGAUCGUGGGUGGCAACAGCCGGGGCCACUUUGUGAUGCAGCGCUCAGACCGGCAGACAGGGGAGCUGAUCCUCGUCCAGACCCUGGAGGGGCCUCAGACGCUAGAGGUGGAUGUCGACAUGUCAGAAUACCUGGACCGCUCCUUCCAAGCCAACCACGUGUCCAAGGUCACCAUCUUUGUGUCCCCUUAUGACUUCUAAGGCAGCCGGGGGGCGGGGGGUCACUGUGGUGCGGAGA